AUGGAUGUUUCGCUUUCCCCUUCGUAUUUGAAGGCGUUCAGGGCGCUGUCGAAACGGUAUCGGAAGCAAGGACUUGCUGAUGCAGCCGCCGAGCUAGAGACGGUGGUGGAGCAGGUCACCAGUGAGAAUAGGGGUGACUCCGGUAUCGCGCUGAAGCGGUUCGGGGGGCUAGUCCUGGCCUUCCUUGAACGGGGUCAGUGGAACUCUGCCGUAGAUGUCGGAACGAUUGUGGUCGACGCCCGACGGGCGCAGCUAGGUCCCAACGACCCCAUCACCAUGGCCGCCGUUCACAACCUGGUUUCCGGAUAUUGUGGUCAGGGCCGUUGGGCGGAAGCGAUCGAUCUGGGUCGCCAGGUCACAGAGGCGCGCCGCAAAGUCUUGGGAGAGGACCACCCCCACACGAUGGCCUCCAUGUCCAAUUUGGCUACCGCAUAUCGCAAGGAGGGGCAUUGGCGACAAUCUGAGGCACUGGAAGUUCGUCUGCUGCAGAUCAAGACCCGACGAUUCGGCCAGGAUGACCAGUCCACCCUCACGUCUAUGGGCAACCUGGCCAACACGUACACUCACAUGGGGCGAUAUGAUGAUGCGGAACGACUGGAGAAGAGGGUGGUGGAACAAUGUACACGUGCGAUGGGUGAGCACCAUGGGUCGACCUUGAUGUGGAAGUCCAACCUAGCAGCCACGUAUCGCGAGCAGGGUAAAUUGGAGGAGGCGUUGAAGUUGGAGUCGGAAGUGAUGGACAUCCGUAUCAAGCGGCUCGGGACCCAGCACCCCUUGACGCUGACAUCCAUGGCAAACCUUGCAACGAUGUACCGGGACCAGGGGCGGUUGGAGGAGGCAGAACAUCUGGAGACGCAGGUCGUAGAGAUAAGCAAGAUCAAUCUAGGCGAGCAGCAUCCGCAGACUCUGAUGUCGAUGAUCAACUUGGCGUCCACCUACCGGGGCCAGGAACGGAUGGACGAGGCCGCCAGUCUUGGGGCACGAGCGGUGGCUGUGAUGAAGGCACGCCUGGGUGAGCAGAAUCCAUUAACCUUGACUGCCAUGGCGGAUCUCGCCUUGACGUAUCAGGGUCAAGGAAAGACGGGUAGCGCCGAAGCGUUGACCGCGCAGGCGCUGCGUUUGAUGCAGAAGAAUCUCGGAGCACUCCAUCCCCACACGCUGACGACCAUGGCCAACUUGGGGGCCAUCUACCAGUCCCAAGGCCGAUGGGAUGAAGCCGAGACGCUCGUGGAGCAAGCCGUUCGUGGCAGGGAGAAGGUGCUAGGGAAAACACAUCCAGACACGCAAGCGUCAAUGGAGGACCUGCUGCGCGUGUAUCGAGUGUUGGCGGCGGAUCGCACGACGGAGAUACACAUGCGGCAUACGCAGUAA